AUGACCUGCUGUAAGUAUGUGCUGCAGAACAUUCAAGACAAAAUUUCUAAACAGAACACAAAUUUUCGCAGAAGUAUAACAGCAGAAGAAAAAUUGUGUAUAACGAUAAGAUUCACGGCCUCACGGGAACGCGCGGCCUUCGCAGCUGCCCGAUGGUGCUACCAGGGUUCUGCAGGAGGAGCGGAUGGACGAUGCACCCAGGUCCCGCCCUCCCCGUUCGCCGACCCGAUGCACGUGGACCCGUCGUCGUCGCCGUCGCCGUCGCCGUCGUCGUCGCCGCCCCAGGACACGACCUCAGGCCUGGAUGUGUGUCCCGGAAGAAAUUUUCUGGUGGAUGUUCCUGUUACUUCGCAAGCCAGAUGGUGAAGUACACCAUUCUCCAGUCACUGCACCCGGCUUAUCUUUUCGUCCAGCGUCUUACCUCUCCCUGCCCCCUCCUCCUCGUUGUCGUUCACAUCCUCCCUACACAACAACGGGCCUAGGAAUGUGCUGGCGUAAGAUGUCGCCAGCACACUGAUCGGCAAAGAUGAAGCGCUAAGAUCGAUUAGUAGGCACUAGAUCAAGCUCACCUGAGAGAGGCGAGAGACACACCCACAAGCAACACGCUGCCAACGCCCUCUCGACACCAUGUACGAGGGGCGUUCAGAAAGUAAGCUCCGAUCGGUCGCGAAAUGGAAACGACUAUGAAAAUCCGAUAAAGCUUUGCACAGAUGUGUUGGGUAGUGUCUCUAGUAUAAUCCCAGUAAGCAUCACGUCGCUCUUCUCAUUUCUGAGCUCGCAGUGAGUGCGUAAAGAUAUCUAGAAAAUAGUGUCUGCCGCCAAGUACGAGGGCCUGGUGAGAAAUUUCGCCUGAAGCUAUGCAGCUAACAUUACAUAACUGUCGUGCUGUUUC